AGCAGUCCAUGUCACUUCCGCUUGUAUAUCUCUGCGCUUUAUCCCCGACGCGAUGAAAAAUCUCCUCAAUUUUAAUGGAAUCAUCAGGAACCUAGACUAAGACACGGAAUGACUAUUGAAUCUGUCCAGAACAGAGCCGAAUGAAACUCUUUCAGACAGUUGCGUGAAAGUGAUCCAAUAAAUAAUUAAUUGUACCAACGAUGAGUGAAAUUCAUUGUGAUUUUUAUAAUGUCAAGCAGAUAAUUCUCAACAGAUCGUGAUCAAGCAACAGGUCUGGGACAACUGGUUCAAGUACCGACGAGUGGAGAUCACAACAGGACCAACCGAUCCUUCAGCAGACAGCACUUUAAAUGCAAAGCGAUUUCAAUGACAGAUGGAAUUUUUAUGAGUGGAAACAAUCAAACGCUCUGUAAUUUGUGGUGAGGAUAAACCACUUGGAGAAUAACUAGUGCAAGUUGUGCAUCUGGCUCAAUCAGAGGAGUAUUGUUGGUCAAUUGAUUGUGAGCAUAAGCAGCUGUAACAAUGAAAAUGGAAUUAUUUAUUCUGUUGGGGAUUGUCAGCACUUGCUGGGGAAACCCCGACGCGAAGAGACUCUAUGAUGAUCUCCUGUCGAAUUAUAAUAGACUCAUUAGGCCGGUGUCCAAUAACACGGAUAUUGUUGUCGUCAAGUUGGGACUGAGGCUCUCACAACUCAUCGAUCUUAACCUGAAGGAUCAGAUCCUGACAACUAACGUCUGGCUGGACCAUGAAUGGGAGGACCACAAGUUCCGCUGGGAUCCCUCAGAAUACGGUGGAGUAACCGAACUUUACGUCCCCAGCGAGCACAUAUGGCUCCCCGACAUUGUUCUCUACAACAAUGCGGACGGUGAAUACGGAAUAACAACGAUGACAAAGGCUAUCCUACAUCACAAUGGACGAGUGGUUUGGGCGCCUCCAGCCAUCUUCAAAUCUUCAUGCGAGAUCGAUGUCCGGUACUUUCCAUUUGACCAGCAGACUUGCUUCAUGAAGUUCGGCUCUUGGACGUACGACGGAUUUCAGAUCGAUCUGAAGCACAUCAACCAGGAAGGCGGGAAUAAAGUGGACGUUGGUAUAGAUCUUCGUGAGUACUACCCGAGUGUUGAAUGGGAUAUCUUGGGCGUCCCAGCAGAGCGUCACGAAAAAUUUUACCCGUGUUGCCUGCAGCCCUAUCCUGAUAUCUUCUUCAACAUCUCCCUCCGUCGAAAAACCCUCUUCUACACGGUGAAUCUCAUAGUUCCCUGCGUCAGCAUCUCGUGGCUGUCGAUCUUGGCAUUCUACUUGCCAGCCGACUCCGGGGAGAAAAUCGCCCUCUGCAUCAAUAUCCUUCUCUCCCAAACCAUGUUCUUCCUUCUCAUAUCCGAGAUCAUACCCUCGACUUCAUUAGCAUUACCCCUCCUCGGGAAAUAUCUCUUGUUUACGAUGGUAUUGGUCGGGCUAUCGGUUGUUGUGACCAUCAUAAUAUUGAACGUUCAUUACCGCAAGCCAAGCACCCACAAGAUGGCACCCUGGAUCAGGAAGAUAUUCAUACGGAGAUUGCCGAAGCUGUUGCUGAUGCGAGUGCCUGAUGAUUUGCUCAAUGAUCUCGCCGCUCAUAAAAUAUAUGGCAGGGGUAAACCGGGGAAGAAGACGAAAUUCGAGGACGCCAUAUCGGCGGCCAUGCGCUCGCCUUCGGUGAUGAGUUCACCAGAGUCCGUCAGGCAUCGGCCAGGGUGCAAUGGACUUCAUCAGACAUCAGCGACCAACAGAUUUCUGAACAGCUUGGAACAGGGAAUGAGCGCUUAUAAUGGACUGCCCACCGUCAUGUCAGGACUCGAUGAAUCCAUGAGCGAUGUAGCUCCAAAGAAAAAAUAUCCCUUCGAGCUCGAGAAGGCGCUGCAUAAUGUCAUGUUUAUUCAACAUCAUAUCCAACGGCAGGACGAAUUCAACGCGGAGGAUCAAGACUGGGGAUUUGUUGCAAUGGUUCUAGAUCGUCUUUUCCUCUGGAUCUUCGCGAUAGCAUCAAUAGCCGGCACAUUUGCCAUUCUCUGUGAUGCUCCAGCUCUCUACGACACAACGAAACCCAUCGACACUAAAUUCUCAUCGGUGUUGAGGCAGCAAUUCCUCCCCCACAACCCAAACUUAUUCAAGAAUCUAAUGCAGCCCGACGCCUAGUGCUAAAUCCCACGAUAAAACUGAAUAUUCGCGUAAUCUCUGCAGUAUUUUGCUCGUUGAUCUGUAUCUAAGGAAUUUUUGACUUUAUAUAAAAGCGAGAGUCGUUAAGUCUUAAAGGUAAUUCAAUCGAUUGUUGCAAUUAGUUAUCAAUGCAAUUUUAUCUUGUAAGGGAAUAAAGUGACGUCAAAUUUUUUCAUUG